AUGGUUAUCAAUAAACGGCUAAUUAUCAUUGGCGUUGUAGUCCUAUGCGCUGUAGCGGGUGCCAUCGUGGGCAUUCUUGUUGCCACGUCGUCCGAAUCCUCGUCAACAUCCACAGAAUCUUCUAAUCCGGAAUCAAAUGGCGGUCGUGGCACCAAUGCGUUCACAGGCAGUCGCUCGUCCAAUUCAUCUUCAGGGAGUGUUGUCCCAACCGUGACGUCUGAUCCUACUUCCGUGACGUACUCGCUAGCUGCCUUUGCUAUCGGGGAUUGGGGUACCACCAUUUCUAAAGAUUCAUGUUGUUCACGAUCUGAUACGUAUACCAACUUUGACGUUGUUGCUGAGGAUGUGGUGGCUAGUCUAAUGAACACACAAGCAGGUGAUGCUGAUAUUAAACCAAAGGCGAUUCUUAGCCAUGGAGACAACUUUUAUUGGACAGGUAUCAACAGUGAAGAAGGACGAGACUCGCGUUUUACCACCACUUUUGAAGAAAAGUUUAAUGGGGACAAUUUGGCUGGUAUCCCUUUUAUAAAUGUGUUGGGUAAUCAUGACUACGGAGGUGCUAGUUACAUUUGCUCUGACAAAGACAACAAUGCCAAGUGUAGUACCACAGAAGAUCUGAUUGCAGCUCUCGAAAAUAAGUUCAAAUGGCAACAGGAAUAUAAGAGUCCGAAUGACAAUCGCUGGAUUCUUUUGGGUCAUUUCUACGUCUACACCAUCGAAGACGAAGCUUCUGGAGUGAGUAUUGACAUUUUCAACGUUGACUCAGGGGAUGCAGAUGUUCAUGCUGCGCAACAAGUGUGCUGUCAAUGCUAUGGUUACUCUAAUGGAGACGACGAAAAGUGCAAUGGAGUCGCUCGUGGGGACAAAUACUGUGCUGGUGGAGACACUGACAUGUAUGACGCAUGCUUUGCUAAGUUUACUGAAUGGAGUGACGAUUCUCGUUCGCAACUUUCCGAGAAGGCUAAAGCAUCAAAUGCAACAUGGAAGAUCGUAAAUAGCCACUACAGUCCAAGUGUACAUUAUGCAGAGAAGGGCAUGAAAGCGUGGUUUGAUUUGCUGGCAGGUACUGGCAUCCAUGCUUGGGUGUAUGGUCAUACGCACGGAGAGAAACACGAUUAUUCCGAAUCACUUGGCAUCCAUUUUGUGGAAAAUGGUGCUGGAGGUGGUAUUCAAAAGGAAUCAGCUAGUGGGCUUACAACGUAUGCGGCUGAGUAUGUUAGCAACGUGUGGACGUAUACUGGCGAUGAGUACGGCUUCUUUUCACUGACAGCGUCUACAGAUUGGCUACGAUUGGGUUACCAUACGGCGGACGACUCGUGGACUUUUGGCUCAAGCUUUGGCGCAACGACUAUCGGUGGUGUGGAAACGAAACACUGCUGGUACAUUCCCGCUGAUGGCACGAAAGGUGUGGAGUGCUAA